ACGCGCAUGGCAGCUUGCGCGUUCUCUAGCAGUGGGCAUGUUUUGAAGUGCGCGAAGUUUUGUCGCGAUACACAUGCAGUGAUCCGUAAAUUGGGCGCUUUUUUUCAGGACGUAUUCGCUGCAACAUGACAAUUCCGCGAUCAGUGUAGUGCGCGCUACCGCUGCAUGCUCUCAUAGCAUCUCACAGCUCCUGCAGCAGUAGACAAGAACAAAGUUGUUGGCCUGCCGAUCGUGCUCGUUUCUUUAAACUUAUGUCACACUCGAUGCACCAGCUGUUGUGAUUACAUUCGGUAAUCAACCAUACGCGACACCUCUCUUAUGAAUUCCGCAUAGUACCUGUUGUCGAUUAAUCGGCACUAUCCACGAGCGUGUGGCAGCCAUCGCUAUGGAAAAAGUGAGCACAAUUCCGGUUGCAGUCAAGACAAAUAACAGCAUCGCGAAAGUUACAACUGUCUCAAGGCUGAAUUCCAGAUUGACUAACCCCGUGCGCAAGAGGGCCGUACAUCUGGCUUCUGUGGUCGAUGGAGAUGGUUCUCUGGAAAGCGGCGUUCACGUCACACUGGAUGAAUUCUUGCGCGAAUGGUCGGUGGACCCAUACCCGAGAUAUGCUGGUACAAAGUGCGAAGAAAAUGGACCUGCCGAUCCAGGCCAUGGGAGCAAAGAGCGCAGUUUUGAGUGUCCCAUCUGUGCCGACUCGUAUACGACCUCGCGUAGCCUUCGACGACACCUGUCCCGUCGCUCAUUCUUGGCAAGGCUGCCCUGCCGCAAGUGUGGGUCUUGCCAUCUGGCGUUCAACCGCUGCACCCUAAUAAUGAGAGCACAGGGUUGUCGGAUUGCUGCUAGUAGUGCCACCCUGUCAGCACUGCCGCCUGGAGAGACAUUGGUUCCUGUGGAACUCACUGAGGAAGGCGACAGUGGAGCCUCGCAGACUGAUGUGCCAAUGACUGUUCUUGAAAAGGUCCUUCAAAGCGUGGUCUGCUCCGAGUGUUAUGUCAACCUGGAAGAUGAGGCCUAUCGGGAGGACCACUUCCACCCGUCGCGAGGCAACCUUAUCCGCUGCACCAACUGUCCAAUGCUGUGCACUUCAGAGUGUGCACUACGUGCACACCGUAGGCUGCACACGCAGCGGCGUCCCUUCGUCUGCCCUGAGUGCGGCCUGCGCUGCGAGGAUGAAUGGGCUGUGUUCCACCGGCACGUGACCAAGCAUUGCCAUCACUUUGAGCGAAUUGUGGGCUACCACUGUCAGCUGUGCCCUGCCCUGCUGCUUGAUCAAGCUGAACUGGCUGGCCACAUUGUGGACACGCACAGCAGUGCUCUGCACAAAUGCCAGGCGUGUCCGAUGGCCUUCAUAAAUUUGGAAGGCUUCCACAUACACCGGCAGGCAGCGCAUCCCAAGCUGCGCUCUCAGUGCUGGCUGAUCCUGAAGUGCCCGCUGUGCGAGGCCGUCUUUGCCUCGGCCGAGCUGCUUACCAAUCACACGACGAGCCACUUGGACCAGUGCGGCCGUUCUUUAUUCAAGUGCUCUACGUGUGACUCGCUUCAUCCUACACGCACGGACCUGGUGGCUCAUGUGCGGAAGCUCCACCCCGACAUGCACCAAGCAACGCUGUGGGGCAAAGAAGAGGACCCAAUUCUUGCUUUUCUCACUGGAAAGAAAGAAACGGCAGAUGUGUCGAACGAAGUCAUCAACCUGGAUGAUGAUGAGCCACCUGAUUCUGGUGACAAGGUGAUGGACACUUCUGCCCCACAAGCACAGAAGUUGGAGAAAGGAAGCCCAGAAAAGCCAGCACCUGCAUCAAAUGCACCCUCUGACCAAGCACGAAAGGAGAACCAAGGUGCACCUAAAAAAGUUAAUCCGCAUCCUACAAGUGAAAGUGAGCAGCAGGCAACUGUCAGACAGGAUGAAAAGCCACCAAACAGCACCCACAUGUGUGCCAAAUGUGACUUCCAGAGCAGUGACUUGUCUGUUUUCCGGGAACACAUCAAAGUGCACCGGCCACUGAACCAAGAAACAUUCCAGUGCCUCGAGUGUGGUCUGUGUUAUGUGGUUGAGCCCUCUUUAAGGAAGCACCUACGAGGAGUUCAUCGGUUGGAGGAAACUCAAGCCAGCAACAAGCUCACGGGCACAGGCCCGAAUGGUGCCACCGUCAGCGGGCUUCGUUGCUCUGUGUGUUUGGCAACUUUCGACACGGAACGAGAACUUAAAAGCCAUACACGUAGCCAUGGCAUGGCAUUCCUGAAGAAAGUGAAGGCCAAAGACGGCACUAUUUGAUCUGUGGUAUGUAUGUGUGCGUAUGUGUGUUUUAUGUGCCUCGAGCAUGAGGAUGGGUGAAUAAAUUACUGAAAAGCAAGUUUUUACAUUUA